CUCUGAUACCCUUUGCUUCUGCCGGACCUUAGUAAUAACUGAUUUCAGUCUGUUCUUCUUCUUCCUGAAGUUGCUCUCUUUUACACCAUUGGGGAGAUUAUACUCUGAUCUACCAUGAAAGUUGGCAUUGCUGCAUUUGUUGCUGGAUUUGUCGGUGCUGCUGGGGUGUUGUUGUUUUUCAUAGCAUUUGGGACAGAUUACUGGCUCCUAGCGACAGAGAACUGUAAGACUAUAAUUGCAAUUGCAGACAAACAGUCCCAGGUUGGAGUUAUUAAAGAGGGUGAACCCGUCAGAGCACAUGAUAAGAAUGCCAUCACCUUUCAUCAUGAGGGUUUCUUUUGGAGGUGUUGGUUUAUUGAAGAUGCUUCCAAGGACAGUAUAUGGAGCUUUUGGUUCACCAGUCAGCCUAGAUCUAAGUCUUGCAAUCAUGGAUACCUUUUCCCAAUGCCAAUUGCAAUUGCACCUGUUCCACACCCUUCUUAUGAUGGAACUGCAGUAUACAGAGGCUUCUGGACGGCAUUUAUCAUUGUUGCCAUAGCUGCCAGUGUUCUUGGAGGAUUUUUGCUUGUAUGUGCAGUACCAUUUGUCAGUGCCAGUCUGUAUAAAGCCGGAGGAGCAUGUCUCAUUACAGCUGGAGUCUUAUUUUCUCUGCUUAUCUCCCUGUUUGUGAUAUGGAAGGAGCUUGCAGCCGAUUUGACCAAAUAUAUUCUGCUAGAGAGAAGUGAAGGCUGUGUGGAUACUGUCCCUUAUGUGCAGUAUGGAUGGUCAUUCAUGUUUGCUGCCUCAGGGAUUCCUCUCACUUUAUUGUCUGGAAUUCUCUUCUAUGUCAUUGGUCGCAGCAUCCAAGGAUCACAAAAUAAAUGACAAAAUUAAAUUACACCUGAGGUGAAUAACUUGUCACUUGGUUUAUUCUGAAUAAAUCACACAGAUAACUCUUUCAAAUGUCUAAUAACUUUAAUUAGUUCAGUAGUAUUCUUUUGGUGACACAAGCCUUAUCUUGCUAAUUUAUUGUAUAAUUUCUUAACAAAAAUGCCAAUAAAAAAAGACACUGUGCAUUUUUUUA